GAGUCUCCAAGAUGAAUACUACAGUAAUGAGCCCAGUCACAGUUACUCCUCUAGGCUUUAUUCCAGACUUAAAAAAUGCCACCCUUGUGCCUUUUAAUGAGACUGCAUGUGAAAAUUGGAAGGAGAUUCAUCAUCUUGUUUUCCACGUGGCAAAUACUUGCUUUGCAGUUGGACUGGUUAUUCCAACUACUCUGAAUUUUCACAUGAUUUUUCUGAGAGGCCUGCUCACCGUAGGAUGUGCAUUGUUCAUCAUUUGGGCUACACUCUAUCGUUGUGCCUUGGACAUAAUGAUCUGGAAUUCCGUGUUUUUGAUUGUCAACCUUUUACAUUUCAUAUACCUAGUGUAUAAAAGAAGACCGAUCAAGAUAGAGAAGGAGCUUAGCAGCCUUUACAAGAGAAUGUUUGAACCUCUCCAUGUGCCUCCAGAACUCUUCCAAAGACUAACUGGACAGUUCUGCAACAUUCAGACUUUAAAGACAGGUCAAGCCUAUGCUGCAGAAGAUAAAACAUCAGUUGAUGAUAGGCUAAGCAUCCUGCUGAAGGGGAAAAUGAAGGUGUCUUACCGAGGGCAUUUUCUGCAUAAUAUUUACCCCUGUGCCUUUAUAGAUUCUCCUGAAUUUCGAUCAACGCAGAUGAACCGGGGUGAGAAAUUCCAGGUCACCAUUAUUGCAGAUGAUAACUGCAAGUUCCUGUGCUGGUCCAGGGAAAGGCUGACUUAUUUUCUGGAAUCUGAGCCAUUUCUUUAUGAGAUCUUUAAGUAUCUUAUUGGCAAAGAUAUUACAAAUAAACUCUAUUCAUUGAAUGACCCUACCUUAAAUGACAAGGCUUCAAAAAAGAUUGAUCGACAGCCUAGUCUUUGCUCACAGCUCUCUGUGAUGCAGAUGAGAAACAGUAUGGCCAGUACCAGUGACAGUGAGGAUGGCUUGCAGAUGUUUCUUCGCGGGACUUCCUCUGCAUCCUCUCUUCUGACAGAUCCAGCAGAGCAACUUCCCUCGUUGGCUCACCCAUCACUUGUGUGAAGAAAUUGUCUGCUGCGCUAUCCAGAAAUCUGUUGGACUGCUUGAUCCCACCUCUGAUGCCUUUCCACCAGAUACUGGGGUGGUUAAAGUUCCCCAUGAGUACCAAGACCUGCGAUCAUGAGGCUUCAUCCAAUUGUCUAGAAGGCUUCCAUCUACUUGUUCUACUUGAUCAGGCAGCCUGUAGCAGAUACCCGCUAUGAAGUCUCCUGUGUUGGUCUGUUCUUUGCUCUUUACCCAUAGGCUCUCAACUGGCUUCUCACCUGUUCCGCGGCAAAGCUUCAUGAAAUUGAAGCCACUCUUUUGUGCAGAGAGCCCUUGGACAAAUAUGCACACUCGGAAGCCUGAAAGAAAUUGUAAAAACUGUGUUUGUGCAAUUAGUUAAAAUUCUCUUUCAGGCUUAGCAAAAUGCUUACACCAGUAUUUCAGCUUUGGUAGAAGUAAUCUAAAUGCAUGACAUGUUCAGCAAUAAUUUCAUUAAUUCGUAAGGUGCAUCCAUGCUUAGCACAUACUUGAUAAAUACGUUUUUCUCUGUUUAUUUUUCCUUGGUUUGUGUACCGUAUUUUCUGGUGUAUUUUUUCUGGGAUGUUUUUUCCCCAAAAGAAGGGUUUAAAUGUCUUUUAUAUUCUGAAAUUGCUUGGUCCAACAGCAGUUGGUGUAGUUGAUACUGCCAUUGCCACCACCCCACUGGCAACAAUAGGUGUGGCAGCCUCCGAAUUCCAGUGGUUCCCUUACUUCUGGGGAGGCAAACGAGCUAUUCAUACAAGCAGUGUAUUGCACAUCCCAGGAAAUAUUGUCAUUUGUUUCUUCUUUGCAUUUUGAUUAAUGCAAGAUUUCUGACUUCUGUAAAACAUUGAUAAGAAUUCUUGAUGAAAGGUUAUUUAUCUCACUAAACUGUAAUGCUUCAAUCUCUCUUUUUGCCAAGAUAGCUUGUUUUUUAUUCCUGGGUACUGUCAUUGCCAAUGAUGGGUUUGCUACAAAGGUGAGCUCUGCUUAAAGAUUUGUAUUCAAUGUGGAUUGUGGCCAUGUAUACACUUUUUCUCAGCUAACAGGGAAAACUGAACCAAAAAAGCUGCCAUUUACCUUACCACUGUUGUGUUUUCAACUUUGGUCUGUUUUUUAAGAUUCAGUAUGAGCUAUACGCUGAGGCUUAAUGUCUCUGUAUCCUCCUUCUGCAAUCAGGCAUUUCUUUAUUUAAAAACAAUCAAGCAAAAUCCAAAACCCCCAGAAGUUUUAGUGAGUAACAUAUGGAAAUUACAAACUUUUUUUUCUUUUUUUUUUUUUUAAUUAGAAGAAGAAAUUAAUAAGAGAAACCUAUCGGUGCGGGAAUACUGUCUUGUCAUUGCUAGGGGAUUAAUUGUUGUGUG